AUGCAUGCAGUUAUCAGUUACACAUCCAUCACAUCUUCAUCUCAAGCCAAGUCGCCCGUCAUGGGCCCUCUUUAUGAGAUCGACACCGCCCCGCCUACCAUCGGUACUCCGAAAGAUGCAGCCACGCUCAGAGCACUGCUCAAGGCUCCCUUCGAGAGCGUGUACAAGAUAUCAACCGAUGGAAGCACCUUCCUCGAGCCUCUGUUGCUUCGCGGCACCCCACUUCAGGAGCCAGAGUCUGAAAAGAAGAGAGAGGCUGCCUACCGUAGCCAGCUGAACCCUAGCAACAAAUCGCUGCAGUUGGCGCUGAAGAGAUACCGGGACAACUCGAGCAAGUUCAAGAAGAUCAGGGAGGUCUUUGGGGAGCAGAGCAGGUAUCAUCCCAACCAGCUUCUUGGAAAAGACUACCUGCCUCCUGGCGGCUUGUGCCAAAAGGAGGCGAUGUAUCGCCUGGCCUGCAAGAUCUCUGAUCUAAAGCAUCUGCACCGAACGGGAGCGCUUGCGAUGGAUCCGUUCGACUUCAUCCGGUGGCGGAUCCUCAAAAAGGCCGCGAGCUUCAUGCUCAAUCCGGUAGAUAACGCAAAGCAUGCGAUUCGAACGAUUGUGUACAAGCUCUGCGACGAUUCUGUGGACAUUCACAGCAAAGUAUAUCAGGAUACCGUCAUGAGACAGGCGGUCCUGAUGUCAGCUGCGCAGAGGAACCAGCUGGGAAAUUAUGGUCCCAAGGGAAGGCAGCGGAAGCAUUGGCUUACAGAGGAGAGGGUCAGCCCUGUCCCCCUGGCCAGACGGAUCGAACGCCGUCUCGGAGCUCGUGGUCGUACGCGUGUUGCUGCCGCUUCCUCGACCCCUAUAUAUGCUGGAGUGAAUGCUUUUCGAGCCCAACAGCAGCAGCGGCGUGAGGCGCAGAGGCGACAAGAGGCUGAGGCACGGCAGAGCAUCCAGGAACGCCCCGAUGCGAGUUAG